AAGCGCGCCCCCUACCGAGUAUCGCGCGACACCGCCGCCGCCACCGCCACCGAUAUCGCAUCAGUAUCACUAACUCGACAGACUCCACGUCGUGAUGUUCACCCCGUUAGAGAAGGUAGGCGUCGUCUGCCUGUCCAUCCUAGGAUUCCAGAUCGCCAGAGCUGUACUGAAGAGGGUAUACAACUCAGUGCUGGCUCCCGCAUUCAGAUUAAAUGUGAACCUGAAGGAAAUGGGGCAGUGGGCAGUUAUCACGGGGGCGACAGAUGGACUUGGCAAAGCUUUUGCUGAAGCGGUGGCCAAGAGAGGAAUGGAUGUGGUACUCAUCAGCAGAACUAAGUCAAAACUUGAUGCUGUUGCUCAGGAAAUCAGAGAAAACUACAAAGUGAACACGAAAGUCAUAGAGGCUGAUUUUACCGAGGGCAACACCGUCUACCACCACAUUGAGAAGGAACUGUAUGGUAUGGACGUCGGGGUGUUGAUCAAUAACGUAGGUCUCAGCUACCCCCACCCCGACCAGUUCCUGUCUCUCCCCGAGCACGGCAAGGUGUACCACGACAUCAUCCAGUGCAACAUUGCUGCGAUGCUGUCCAUGUGCCAAAUUGUGAUGCCAGGGAUGUGUGAACAGAGACGAGGUGUCGUCAUCAACAUCGGCUCCACCGCAGGAGACAUCCCCAGUCCCAUGCUGACCGUCUAUGGAGCUUCCAAGGUGUUUGUGUCCAAGUUCAGUCGGGACCUGGCCUCAGAAUACAAGCAAUACGGGAUUGUGGUCCAGUGCUUAACACCCGGCUACGUUGCAACCAAGAUGAGCAAGAUCAAGAAGCCUACAUGGAUGGCUCCUUCACCUGCUAAGUAUGUCAACAGUGCACUGACAACUGUGGGCAUCGAGGACCACACCACUGGCUACUACCCCCACUCCCUCCUGGUUGGUUGCAUCAAACUGAUGGAGUCUCUCUCUCCAAACUUUGCCUACUGGAUGAUCACCCGCACCAUGGAGAACAUCAAGUCCAGGGCCAUCCGAAAGAGUAAUCAAAUUGCAGCCUCAUAGAGCACACAUGUGCUGCGUGCUCUUUAUCUCUGAGUAUCUGAGCAUGAUCUGAUUUAUUUAUUAUUUAUUUUUUGUAUGUUCUCAGAGAAUUGUUUUUCAAUGUUUGAAAGUGCCAUGAAAAGUUUUUGAGAACAACCUGUCCUCCUUUUAAGGCAUUGAAUGUAAAAAGUACAAAACUUGUCUUGUAGCCUUAUUCAUAAUUUUGUUCAUGAACGUAAAAUGAAUUUUGUUUGUAUGAAUUGCUAUUGGAAAUGCAAUUUGAUGUUUUCUACCUGAUGAUGUAUUUGUUUUAUAUUAAAAGUUUUCAUUAAUA